UGCCACCACCACCACGACAUUGCACCCAGACGAAUGACCGCUCUGCGAGUCCAUCUUCACAACCACUCAGAGCCGACGUACUUACGAUCACCUCACUCAUCAUAUCUGCAGCCUUCUCAUUUUUUUUUUUCGAGGAGCAGUAAUCGGCAGCUCAAAGCCUCUGCGCAUUUCGCAGUCAGCACGAAAUGUCUGCGAAAACUACGAGCUCUUCUGGAAGGGGCGCAAGUCCAGUGGAUAGUCGUAACAAGAAGCGGAGACUAGAGCGUUCGUCAGAGGCACCUUCUCCGAGCGCAGAGCUGCCUUUAGGUCGUUACUUGGCUUCCCCCGACAAGCGAACGAGAGAUCAAGCCUGUCAGAGCCUCAAGAGCUUCUUGACUCAACGCAGAGGUCAAGAUGCUCUGCCCAAGGAUGAGAUGGCCAAGCUGUGGAAGGGCAUCUUUUAUUGUUUCUGGAUGUCGGACAAACCUCGAGUGCAGCAAGCUCUUGCCCAAGAAUUGGCGGAUCUCGUACUUGCUAUACCUCCCACAGAGCCCGGCGAUGCGGAAGAGGUCGAUGUUGAACAACCUUCUUUACCAGAACCUCGAUGCGCACCCGCUCUCGCCUUUCUCGACGGCUUCUGGGAUGCCAUGAUCAGGGAAUGGUCGGCGCUUGAUAAGUGGCGUAUGGAUAAGUUCUAUCUUCUGCUCAGACGAUUUCUGAAUGCUGGCUUGAGGUUGGUGGAGAGAGAACGAUGGGAUGCUGCCACCGUCGACGAGCUGUACAAGAUGAUGCGCAAAUCUGGAGGUUGCCUAGACACCAACAAUCCACAAGUGCCGGACAGCAUUGCCUAUCAUCUCGCGGAUAUCUACCUUGACGAGCUCGAGCGGGCACUCACAGCGGCUGGUCGAGAGUCGAGCCCAUCGGCCAAAGAACCAGUGGAACAUGCUACGAUCAGCAAGAGUCGCCCGGUCACACCGCUCGUUCUUCUAUUGCAACCAUUCGUCGAUACCAUCGCGACAACGCAUAAUGCAACGGUCUACACGCGUCUAUACGAGAACGUCGUCGAGCCGGUGCUUGCCGAUUGCCUUGUGCUGGGUUCCGCUUCAGACAAGGAGCAUCCAUCAUCAACCGAGGAAGAGGAUCUGGCACAUCCUGAAAUCAUCAAAAGUUCGGUCGAUGGCGAAGCAACUUUGGACGCAGGAGAAAAUCUGAGGGCGCGAAUAUUUGAAAGUCUGUUCAAAACGGCUAGUCUGCCCAGCGCGAAUGGAGCUCGCAGAGCCAAGCUGUAUCGCCUAUGGGAAGCGGAAAGGGCGAGGUUGGAGGAGUAGAUGUAGUUCUGUCUGCCUCUGGAUAGCCAGGAACGAUUGGUCGGUCUGCGAAAUUUUGUCAAAUUUUCGAGUUCGCGCGAGCUGAAAAUUUGUCGAAUUUCCACCGAUGAAAUU